ACACUUUCUUCUCUCCAACACGACGUUGGAUGGUAAACAUUUAUUCCCUACUAGAACUUAAUCCUCCUGUUCACUGCUCUAUUAAUAGUACAAGGUCACUUCCAUCACAGUGCUACAUAUCGAACUUCGGGAAUAACAGUCACCAUUGGGUUAUUCAUCUUGAUCUAAAAAAUAACGUUUGGUUUUUAUAAUUCACGACGAUGGAUGAGCUUGCUUCCCGGGUCGUCUUCUUCAGGCCGUAAGUUCACUCAUACAGCCGUCAUCGCAACGGACCGGUGGUGAUCCGGCUCCAGCGUUUCAAUAUUGGACUUCCAAACGAAUUUCACGUUCAACAUUCAACGUUAAUGUUUGGUUCCCAGUAGCCACAUCGUUAAAGGCAUACUCAUUAUCUCCAUCACGAGUCCUUCCGUCCCCCAGGUUUUGAUUACCUCUGGCGUUGAGUUCCUGUGGUUAUUUAGUCUGGUUUGCACGAGGUCACGACAGUGGUCGGUGCAGUGAUACUUCAAACUCAAACUUCAACCUUCAGGUAUCACAUUGCAUGUCCUCAGAUGAUCACCUACUCAAAGACGAGGAACUUGAUCAAGACUACCCUCUACCAAGGAACAGUACCCGUGGGACAGAGCGAAUCGUGUUUCCUCGUGGAAUGACUAACUCCGAGCUUUGGCGCGACUGCAUCAUACCGAAGGUUCACGAAAUGACGCGUUUUGGUAAACGCUUGACGAGCAGACCCUUGGUACUUUCCGAUGGAGUGAUUAUCGAAUGGGUUCUAGAUCGUUCAGUUAAAGAAGAGGACAAUGACCAACUCAUCCAAUGCCAAUACUUUGAUGAAGCCAAGCUUGCACGAGAGAAUCUCAAGCAAACCGUCCCAGCAAUGCGCACAGUGUCUCAUCUAGCAGGAACUGGAGUCGCGGAAGACCCAAUAUGUCUCGAUUCGGAUGAAGAUCUAUACACCACUCGGACAAGCUCGGUAAAUGCCCGGAGAUCCAGCAGCCCAGAAGAUCCCAACGAUAUUGUAAUGGGGGGCACGUCGAGGACUGUCUUCCCCACUGCUGUAAUUUGCACGCCCUGUGCGCGAAACAUGCAAAGCAAUGGCUCAUCGAAGUCAUCGCGUGAGGCAUUGGACGCCACUGAGACUAGUGAAGAUACGGAAGGAUAUGAGACAGACGAUGAAAAUGCAGAAGGCCUGCGAUCGGCACCUGGUUCACCGAGGAUCCGGACAACCUUUCCGGACUCGGACCCUUAUGGCGGGCAACUGCUUGUUGCAGGAAGCAUUGCGCGCGAAGCGUUGUCGAGACUGGAGCAGGAAGGCAGACUCCCGACUCAAAACUAUCUCGGUAUAUCGCAACCUCGGGCCAUUGGUCUGCACCUAAAAAGUUCCAACGGUAAGAGCAAGGUGGCCUCCCCUUCCACCAGUGUUCCAAACGCAAAGAUCAAAUCAAUGGGACAUCCGCGGACUGCAUCAGGCAAAAGACGUCCUUCUCCGCCUUCUUCCGCCAGCAGCAGUGAGAUGGAAACCGCACGCAAACGAUCGCGUCUUUCUUCGAGCUUUAACAACACGCCAAGAAGUUAUAGUCAGGGCUCACGUAUUGCUCCUGAGUCGGACAAUAUAUCUAGCCAUUCUCUUCCACCACGUCGGUCAUCGACUCAUAAAGCCAACCGAGCCUUGCAUGCCUCUAACCCUAGCCCGAUACAGAGCUCCUCGGAAAGUAGUACUGACCUCAGCUCUUCUGACAGCACAAACCCGUCUUCGUCUUGGGACCAUGCAGGAGUGGAUCAACUUCGUGAGCAGCUGGAAAGUGAAGGAGGGCGCAUAAUCAGGCUGCCGAGACCAAAGCAUGCCCGUGCUCGCCGUCUUCUUGUGUCUACCAAUCCUAAGUUACCGAUGGUUGCGGUCUAUAUGCGUGGGGAUGCUCAGUUUAUCCACCGCCGGAGAUUGUAUCGGGAGCCGGAGCAUUCCCUGCCUUGCGAAGAAGAACGGCUUGUGACAGACGCAUGCUUGUUGAAUGACAGCAUCGCUGUCCUUGGAUAUGAGGCUGGACCUUCAAAUCCAAAGAUAUCUCUGAUUCCUCUGGUUAAGGGCAAGCUAAGGCGGAUAGACCUCAAGCAUGCAGGGUACAGCAAGGUGCAUGAAAAUACUACUGCUGGGACAGCACGACCUUUUAGAGGCAUAUCCAGCCUAACAGCUUUAGCAGGAAAUGGCAUGCGUUUCCUGUCCGGAGGCUACGAUCAUACAGUUCGAUUGUGGACGCUCAAGUCUACAGGAGACGGGUAUAUCGAAAGGUCCAGGGAAGUCGCGGCAACUCACGCAGAGAAGGUUCAAACACUUGCGUUCCGAUCUCACGACAGCACCGUCCUUUUCGGUGGAGGUAGUCGGAUCUAUACGACAUGUCUACAGGCGGCUAGCCUUCCAAAAUCUGACAAAUUGUCCAAUGCUCUCAUUCAAAUACAUGUGAAUCCAUCCAGUGAAUCGCACGUUUUCCUCGAGAUGGAUCAUCUGGACAAUCAAGUCGCCCUCUAUGACACGCGCAGGGGCGCGUUCAAUCGCAAACCUUGUCUUGACUUCGGCUAUCGCGAAGUUAACAGCGACAAGCGAUAUGGCCGAUCUUUCACGAAGGGAUCUGUGGAAGACCGCCAUUUUGCACGUGGCUAUAGAGACGGAACUGUUUGUGUGUGGGAUCUUCGAAAGACUUCUAAGGCAGUCCUCUUGAUAUCCCGCAAACAUGAGAAGCCCGCCGUGCACACUGUGCUAUCCGAUCGUGUCGUCAUGGUAUAUGGCGAUACUGCUGUGACGUGCUGGGACAUUCGUAAUGGAGCCUCAAGACAGCGGUAACUCAUUUCGCUUGUAAAGGGUAUUUGGGCCAGAACAUAUAUCGUAAUAGCAUACCAGCAGAGUCAUACAUCGUGUCAAUUCAUUGGGCAUAUCAAGAAUGAUAGAAGCAAGAAUUCACGUCUUCUAAACAAGUCCCAAGUCCAAGGCGGUGUGAGGUCCUUAUGCCGAGUCCUUUGACCAUCCGGCCAACUCAAUUACGAAGGCGACUGCCAACUUGCUGAAUUCUAGCAUGUGCGAGAAACUGAACUCCUCGGACACAUCAUAUGUACUUAUGAUGUUUCUGUUAAUAGGCGUCUCACAACUAGGCAGUAAAAAACACUCACUCCCUGGUACUGUGGAUGAACUUAUUGGAAUUCCCGAAGGAGCUCUCU